AUGCCAGGCGAAGGGAGCCCAUACCAGCGGGCCAACCCUGUCGUCUCCUACCGCGCCGCCGACGGGCCUCGCCAGCUCUUCCUCCCCGCGAGCAAGUGGCUGCACGAUGCGGUCGGCGGCUGCCCCGCCGUCCGCUCGCUAGACCGACCGUCGCGCUACUGGCUCCGCGGGCAGGUGCCGUGGGCGGGCGCCGAGCCGCUGCGGGCAAUCGAGCCUGGCGUGCCGCCGGGCGAGCCACUCCAGCCGCUACCACCAAGCGAGCCGGUCGGGGAGGAGGACGCGAAGUAUCUGGGCCUCUUUACGGAGCGGUUCGCUACCAUGGCGGCGCAGUGCAGCGCCGCCUCGCUGCCCCAUCCUGUGGUGUGCUGCGGCCACCCCCGCUUCUGCGGCGUGCAGACCUGCCCCGGCACUGCUCCGGGCGUGCCGGGCGGGACCGACCUUCACGCCCGGCUCGACCGGCACUACUCCACGGCCCUGCGAGAGCGCGACUUCGAGCGCAACGCCACCGCCCUCCAGCCGCUGCUGCACGCGCGCCUCCGCCCUCGCCGCCCGGCGCUGCAGGAGUUGGCGGCGCGAAGCACUGGUCGGGUGCGGGGUGACACGGGCCAGCGCCACACCGGCCGGGCGGGCGUCAUGGGAAGCGGCGCGAGGCAAGGCAAGGAGGAAAGGGGGGAGAGAGGCGGCGAGAGGGAGCACCGCAGCAGCGGCUUGGCGCGCGGGUCGCGCCGCCAUACGGCUCGCCAGCGGCCCACGAGGACGAGAGAAGACUCGACGAGCGCGCCGCCGCCACGCAAGGGACUCUGCGCCGCCUUCGAGCCGCUCGCGGCGGAGCAGCAGCGGCCACAGACCGGGUUCCGCGGCUUCCACUACAUCGCGCCGCUGCGCGCGUGGCUGAUCGAGGUGCCAAAGUCGGGCUCGUCCACACUCGUCAAGCUGCUGCGCUUGCGCCAUGGCGCAGAUAGCCGAGGCGCACGCGCGCCGCGCCCGGGCGACGUGUCGUUUGCAGUGGUGCGGCAUCCGGCGUGCCGUGCCGUGAGCGCAUUCCGCGAGGCGUGGGCGAGAGCGGCGUGGCGCACCAACCGCAGUCGCUCGCCUUGCCCAUUCUCGGACUUCCCCUACUUGCUCGACAACCGCAGCAGCGCCGAGCAUCGGCUUCGCGUCGCCUUGCGCACGCUGCGGCGGCGCGGUUCAGCACUCGCUGGCCCCGCCUGCGGUUACGCCUACCACCACAUGUUGUCGCAAACCUUCUUCCUCUGGGGCAACCGCAGCGGCGCGCCAGGCGAUCCAGCACGUCUGCCGCCGGUGACGCGGCUGCUGCGGCUCGAGUCGCUCGAGCGCGACCUCUCCGCCUUUUGCGACGAGCGCGGCGCGGCGCCGUUUUGCCGCCAGGCGCUGCGCGCGGGCGUACCCCGUCUCAACGCGGCAGGGGUGGGCGUCGCUGCCUCCAACCCGUUGGGGGCGCUGCCACACGUCGUGCCCCGGGAGCUGUCGCAUGAUGUGCGCCGAGCCCUCGUAAAGACGUACGCGCGAGACUUUGCUUGUCUGAACUACUCGUACGCGCGAGUCAUUCACUUGCGACUUGGAGCACUCGUCGAGAGCAACUUGCGGGCCAUAACACGGGUCUCCGAGGGCGCGCUUGACGUCCUCAUCCUGCGUGGCCGCUCGACCUCGGACUCUCGCUUCAUGUUCCACGCUCUCCUCCUCGCUCUCCUGUUGCACGCCUCUGCCGGCGCCAAUAUCGGCUCAAAGAUCGGCUUCAGCGUUGACACCGAGGGUGCCGCGGCCGAGAUCCGAAGGCAGGUAGAGGCUUCGCGGGCGCCGGCGGCAGAGCCCGAGCUCGUUGUGCCACCGCCGGCAGACGGCGACGCGAUCGCUCCGCGACGCUCGCCACGCUUGGCACUCACCGCCGGCACGCCGCUUGUCGGCGGCGCGGCGCAGCGGCUGGAAGCGGUCGUCAAGCUCAAGCCAAAGUACGGGGCGCUCGAGCUGGCGCUGCCCGCCGGCCUUUGGUCCAAGGACGAGGAGGAGCUGGCCGCGGCAGAGCGGGCGCUGGAGGAGCGGACGGCGGCGUGCGGCGUCCUGCUCGACCUGCACGAGCGGCUCGGUCAGUCGCCGCCCCUCGGCUUCCGCGCCUGGCCCCUUGCCGACCUCGAGGCGCGCGCAGCCGAGCUGCGGGAGAAGAUGCCACAGCUGCGAAAGGUGGCGGCGCUCUCCGCGCAGAUCGGCCAGCCGCGGCUCGACAUGUCCAUCGCCGCGUGGUCCGCCGAGCCUCCGAUGGGGCUGAGCACGAUGUCGACUUCCGAGCUCCGAGAGGUGCUCGCCGCCCUCGAGGCGCCUGCCGCCAAGGCGCCCAAGCAAGGUGACCCGUGA